GGAAGAGAAAGUGGGAUAGACAAAAGGGGAAUUUAAAGUGCUACUUUCUUCCUCCUCCCUCCAGCUCUGUCUCUUCCAAAGCACAGAGUUUACAUCCUUGGCCUAUGCAGAAUUGCUACUUUUGGAAGAAAUUUCAUUCUCUCUAGAGUGACUGAAGAAGAGUUUACUUCUGGAGUUUGCUUACUUACUUUACGCUGGAGAAUAAGCGCAUGUAGAGACUGUGCUUCUGUAUUGUUGAGAGCCUACAUCAGGAAUGAAGCUGCCAUCAUGUCAUCCAGAGACAGGAAUGUUGAUAUCAAAGAAUUCUUGGCCAACAUCAACUUGGUGCAGUAUCUUCCUUACUUCAAAGAAGCUGGCUAUAACGCUGUGUCAGACUGCAUAGAAAUAAAUAAUAAUGUGCUCCAGCAAAUUGGAAUAUCACCUACUGGACACCGCAAAAGGAUUCUUAAGCAGUUAGAGAUCACAUUUUCAAAAAUGCAAGAAAAAUCUGUCUCAUCUGAAAAUCUGAAACACAAGGACUUGGUGGAAUUAGGGGAAAGUCAUUCUUUGUGCUAUGCCCAGGUUUCUAAAAUAUCCAAUUUAAGUUCCAACGGGGUUGCUAAAGCUAGUCCAGAAUUUGUAGCAUUGCCAGCAAGACUUUUUAGUAAAGAAAAGAGUGAAUUUACUGAACAUGAGUUAUUGGAAGUGAAAGAUGGUAGCUUUUCAGAUUUGGAAUCUUCUAGUUCAUCAUACCAGAAAUCAGAUUGUUCAGGAGAUGCUGUCAGCCUUAGUGGAAACAUUGAGAAAAGUACUAACUUUCAAAACGUACCUAAUAUGGAUGUUGCACUGGAAAAAUCAAAGGCACAACAAGGUAACUUGCACUUCGACAGCCAUUCUGCAUUAUACGUCGAAGAGCCAAGUUCUCAGUCUUCUUUUGCUAACUCAUCUGAAGCCAAGUCCAGUGAGAAUGAGCAUCUAACAUUCUCAGAGGUGGAAAUCUCACCAAAUGUCCUACCAGAUUCUCCAUUCUUUGAAUUUAAAGGUGAAAUGGUGGAUAAUGACUUGUAUGGUCCUUGUAAGCAAAGCUGUAUGAAAGUAGUUCCCAGAACAACUCGGUCAUUUAUGUUAAGACAUCGGCCUGUUCCAGAAAUCCCAGGUUCAUCUAAAAUUGCAGCUUCACCCAGUUCUCUGCAGGAAAGAAGAAAUGUGGAUGUUUUAAAUAUUUCUGGGAGCCCAACUUCUUGUACUGGGAGCCCAACUUCACAGAAAAAAACCUCCAGUGAGGAAAUGCCAUCUGUCAUCUUUCCAUAUGGGGAAACUUUUCUUUUCAACAGCCUUGCAGAUGCCAAGGAAAUCUGCAGAAAUGAAUUCUUGGCUUUUGAAGAAAAAUUUGAAGAUAAAGAAGUGACUGGAGAGCAUUGUCUUCAUGAUAAAUCAUGUGUAUUUAAUAUCCAGAAAGGGAAAGCAUCAUCUGAGGACCAUGUGAAAAAUGAAUUGAUAUCUCAAGAGGAUACAUUUAUGUUACCAGAACAACUUGCUAGUGAAUCUGAAUAUACUACUGUGGAAGAAUGUUCUCCGUAUUUAAGAACAAAAAACCAUAAAACCCAAAAGUAUUCUUCAUUCCCUACUAAGAACCGAAGCAGAAAUCUGGAACACUCUGUUAAAGAAUCAAUUGAUUUUCUGCCGUUUGAUGAUAAACAAACUAUCACCCCGAACGAUUCAAUAACACCAUAUGCCUGUUUUUAUGGAUCGUCGGUAAAGAAGGUUAAAGCAGGGUGGUUGGAUAAACUAUCACCUCAGGGAAAACGUAUGUUUCAGAAGCGCUGGGUUAAGUUUGAUGGAGACACUAUUUCUUAUUACAAUAAUGAUAAGGAAGUUUACUCUAAGGGAAUAAUCCUGCUCUCCGCGAUAGUUACAGUCAGAGUCCAUGGGGAAAAUAAAUUUGAAGUUGUCACAGCUCAUAGGACUUUUGUCUUCCGAGUGGAAAAGGAAGAUGAAAGGAUUGACUGGAUUAAUACAAUGCUCAGUGCUUUGAAAUCACCUCAGACUCGAGCUGCUGUCACUCCUGAGAAAAGUGGAUACCUUGAACUAAAAGGAUACAAAGCCAAAAUCUUUACUUUACUUCUGGGGAACAAUGUGUGGCUCUGCAAAAGUGAACAGGAUUUUAAGACUGGGUUUGGUAUCACUAUAAUCCCUAUGAAUGUGGCGAAUGUGAAACAAGUGGACAGGACAGCAAAACAGUCUUUUGAAAUAAUCACUCCCUAUAAAAGCUUUAGCUUUACAGCAGAGUCGGAAGGAGAGAAACAAGAGUGGAUUGAAGCAUUACAGCAAUCGAUAGCAGAAACUCUCUCUGAUUAUGAAGUAGCUGAGAAGAUAUGGUUCAAUGAGUCAAACAGGAGCUGUGCUGAUUGUAAAGCUCCAGAUCCCGACUGGGCAUCCAUCAAUCUCUGUGUUGUCAUUUGUAAGAAAUGUGCAGGGCAGCACAGAUCUUUAGGGCCCAGAGAUUCAAAGGUCCGGAGCCUAAAAAUGGAUGCCAGCAUUUGGAGUAAUGAGCUGAUUGAGCUUUUUAUUGUCAUUGGAAAUAAAAGGGCAAACAGUUUUUGGGCAGGAAAACUUCAACCAGAAGAGGAAUUGCAUAUGGACUCCCCUCUAGAAAAAAGGAUAACAUUUAUUACACAAAAAUACAAAGAAGGAAGAUUCAGGAAAACUCCUAUGGGCUACAAAACCAAAGAAGAAUUAAAUAAGGCCCUGUGUGCUGCAGUAGUUAAACAAGAUGUGUUGGAAACAAUGACAUUGCUAUUUAGUGGAGCUGAUGUUAUGUGUGCCACUGGAGAUCCUGUUUACAGUACUCCUUACUUACUAGCCAAGAAAGCAGGACAAAGGCUGCAAAUGGAAUUCCUCUACCACAAUAAAUUCUCAGAUUUCCCAAACUAUGAUACUGAUUUUGAAAGUGGCUUCUCUCAAGAUGCUUCACAUUCUACUUUUCUUUGCGAAUUUUUAUACAAAGUUUCUUAUAAUGCUGCUAAGCUAUUGUCAGACAGGAAAUUGAAAGAAGACUGCAAUAAAAGGUGGUGUACUUUGGAAAGUGGCUUCUUGAGUUACUAUGAAAAUGAUAAAACAACCACUCCUAAUGGUAUGAUUGACAUCAGUGAAGUUAUCUGUCUUGUGGUGCACAAAGAAGACUCCUUUUUAAAUACAGGGGCCAUUUUUACCUUUGAAAUCUACUUACUGUCAGAACGUGUUUUUCUGUUUGGUGCUGAAACUGCACAUUCACAGAGAAAAUGGACCUGGGCAAUAGCCAAGCAUUUUGUUCCCUUUGUGGCUGAAUGUUUGUUAAAGAGAGACUACGAUCUGAUUGGCCAGCUGUACUACAAAGAUUGCCAUAAUCUUGAUCAGUGGAGAAAAGGCUGGUUUGCUAUAGAUAAGUCAAGUCUACAUUUUUGUCUUGAAAUGGAGAAUGCUCAAGAGGAUUCAAUACAUCUAAGGAGACUGCAGGAGCUAACAAUCAGCAGUGUGAUUCAAAAUGGAGAAAAAAUAGAUGUCCUGCUGCUUGUUGAAAAAGGAAGAACAUUAUACAUCCAUGGUCAUACGAAGUUGGAUUUCACGGUCUGGCAUACUGCAAUUGAAAAAGCAGCAAGUACAGAUGGUAAUGCCUUACAAGAUCAGCAGCUCAGCAAAAAUGACGUUCCUAUUAUAGUGAACAGCUGUAUAGCAUUUGUUACACAGUAUGGUUUAGGUAGCAAACAUAUCUACUCAAAGAAUGGCGAUCCUUCCCAUGUGAGUGAGCUCCUAGAGAGCUUCAAAAAAGAUGCAAGAAGUGUUAAACUGAGAGCUGGAACGCAUCAGCUGGAAGAUGUGACUGAUGUACUGAAAUGUUUCCUGUCUCAAAUAGAUGAUGCACUUCUCACUAAAGAGCUUUAUCCAUUUUGGAUCUCUGCACUAGAUACACAGAAUGAAAAGGAACGAGUGAGGAAGUAUGGAACUUUUAUUCAGAGCCUUCCACCCGUCAAUAGGGCAACUUUGGCAGCUUUAAUUGAACAUCUUCACAGGGUGCAUAAAUGUUCAGAAAUCAAUUAUAUGAACCCGCACAAUCUAGCCAUGGUGUUUUCAUCAUGUUUAUUUCAAACUAAAGGACAUACCAGCGAAGAAGUCAAUGUAAUAGAAGAUCUAAUUAAAAAUUACGUACAACUCUUCAAUAUAAAUGAAGAUCAGGUCAAACAAAUGGAUACAGAGAACCGCUUUAUUACCAAGUGGAAAGACACUCAAGUUUCCCAAGCGGGAGAUUUGUUAAUUGAAGUUUAUGUGGAAAGAAAAGAGCCAGACUGUAGUAUUAUAAUCAGGGUAUCGCCUUUGACAGAGGCAGAAGAAUUAACUAAUGAUGUAUUAGGAAUAAAAAACAUCAUUCCCAACAAGGAUGAGAUCUGGGCUGCUUUUGAAGUGAUUGAAAAUGGAGAGCUAGAGCGCCCUCUACACUACACAGAGAAUGUGUUGGAACAAGUUCUUCAUUGGAGUUCAUUACCUGAGCCUGGCUCUGCACAUCUUGUAAUAAAGAAGUUUCUAACAGCAGAUGCAGUAAAACUCUACAAUGAGAAGAAUGCAAAAGGUAAUGUAAAAGCAGGCUAUCUGAAAUACAAAGAAGAACCAUCAAAAUUACUGUCUGGAAAUAGAUUUCAGGAGCGUUAUUUCGUAUUGCGGGAAGGAAAUCUGCUUCUUUACAAGGAUAUGAAGAGUAGCAAACCUGAAAAAGUGCUGCCCCUCAGUUCACUGAAACUUUAUCUUGGAGUGAAGAAGAAAAUGAAGCCACCAACGAACUGGGGUCUUACAGUAUAUUCUGAAAAGCACCACUGGCACAUGUGUUGUGAUGGACAAGAUACACAGAUGGAGUGGAUGACCAGUAUUUUCAAUGCACAGCAUAGUGAUAUAUGGCCACCAGCUGGAAAAGCAAGAAAACAGUCUAUCACUAAAAAUCCAAAGAUUGGAGGCUUACCUCUAAUUCCCAUUCAGCAGGAGAAAAAUACUUCUAAAACCAGAGGAAAUGCAGAGCAUAUUAAAGCUGGAAAGCUGACAUUCAGUGAACAAGAUGAAAAUGACAUUGCGGAAGAAAAAAAGAAUUUAAAAGAAAGAGCAUAUAUCGUAGCACAAUGCCUAGGGCGCAAGGAGGAGAAAGUGAAAAACCAUGUGAAAAAACAUCGAAGCUUGAUCUGUGUUGAGGACACAGGUGCUGACAUUGCUGACUUACACCAAAGUCCCUAUAAAGAAUCAAGGACACUGAAGAAACAUGAGAACAAAACAAACAAAUCUAAUUUGGAAUCUGAUAAGUUGCCGCCAAAUGUUAUUCAGGAACUAAAUACAGUUCUGCAGAAAAACAGAGCCCUCCACGAAGAAACCUAAAGCUGAAUUUGUAAGACAGAUGUCAAAAAACCUGAUUAUUCCAGGCAAUAAAUAGCUUGUUUGUUAAAGUAUGUGUACAGUUUGUAGAGACUGUGAAAUGUGUUUAUAUACAGCUGCUGAUUUUUAAAUGACAAUUAUGUAUGUGCUGGUAAUAUGACAUAAUUUAAGAUUAAACAGGGACCUUUACGUGUAUAAAAUUCCUGGUAUGAAAUCCUGGAUUUUGAAGCCAGUGGGAGUUUUGCUAUUGACUUCAGUGGGGCCAGGAUUUCACCCAUCAUUUUGAACGCAGACUUUGUUAGUGUUCUAACCAGAGUACUUCAAUUAAAAAAGACGGUUUAAAUGUUAAGUAGUUUGCUUAUGCUCUGUAUGUCCAGAAUCCUUUUCUAAGUACGGGAGAAAUCUUCUUGUAAAAAGAGACCAAAGUGCACAUACAGACUGUAGUUGUCUAAUAAUAUAUAAGAAUAAGUAACAUAUGAUCUAAUCUGAUGACUGACAAAUCUUACAGUAUCUUCUCUCUGCUAAACAGGUUGAAAUUGAUUUAAAGAAAGUGUAUCCAGGGGACUGGCUAGCUCAUAUGAUCAGGAAUGUGAGACAGAACUUUCAUCUUUAGAUCCCUCUUUUGGAUGUGACUAGCUUGCUAGUGACAAAGUUGUUAUCUGAUGGCUAUUCAGUAAUCACAUGCAAAAUGAAUUUCCUUAUGAACAGAUGGCCCAAUCACAAAACCACCCAUCAAACUGGCUCUAACUCAUCCUGUCACAGAAUGGCCAGGAAUGAAAUGAGCAUGGAGACAAAAUUAUCCUUUCACCCUUAGAGGUGGUCCCACCAGAUCAAGAUGGAGCAAGACAUUGACAGAGGCUGAAAUUUGUGCUAUAGCUCUUCUGAGGAUAACGAGAGGCUUCAGGCUCUACCAAUCUAGUACCCUUCAGGAGCACUAAAUUCAUUAAUAUUGAGGAGGGAAGGGAAAGUGCCAUAUUUCAUCAAGCUUUAUAAAGUGUAAUAUUGGCCUUAUUUAAUUAACAAGCAUAUUUUCAGAUUUUUCCCUGUUGCCAUAUUUCUGUGCGAACAGAAGCAGUGUCCUCUGUAAUUAGCUUGUUCCUAUUUUCUGAUAUGAAUGGAUGUCAUAACUGUCAUUGUGACGUCACAGUUACGUCUCAUGAUGGUUAGCACUGAACACAUCAGUCUGGAGGAAGUUAAUUCUGAAAGAGAAAGCUGCCAUCUGAAUACAAGUGUCUUGGUAAUCUGUAUGUUCUGAAAGGAAGGACAGAGAAGCUACAAUUUAAUGGGUUUUUAUAAUGUUUUGUUUUUAAUAGUUUGCUGGAAUGUAGCAGUAGCAAGGGUUCCUCAUUCACUUUGCACUUAUUCUGUUUGAUCAACUGUAAAAUCUAAAAGCAAGUUUGUAAUUUUUUUUUUUAUUUUCCCCAGUGCACUUUUGAUUAUUUUGUUAGUCUUAAUUUGUAGCAUGGGCUUAAGUCCCAUUUACUUAAGAGAGUGCUGAAUGUGAAAUACAUUCUUAAAUGUUUUCCUGAAUCAGGGCCUAUCUUUGUGGGAAGGAGGAUAUUUCAGCACAGUGCUUAUACUGUCUGUCUGAGGCACAGUUGCUGCAAAGGGUACUAAAAAUGUUAAAAAAGAAAAAAAAAGUUGCUUACUUGAAAAAAAAUUAAAACUUUAUUGUUUACUUUUCAAUUAUGGGUAAACUAUCUGAAUUUAUGGCUACUGGGUUAUCAGUGAAAAUAUUUCACCUAAAGUAUAAAUAAUCUUUCAGUGUUUUCUACAUGUGUAAUACAUACUGUUUGAACCGUGGCACUGUUUAACUUAAACACAACUUUUGUAAUAAAAUGGAAGUGUGAUUAAAUUCAUUUAAAAUUCA